CGAUACAUUUAUAGUUGAAGCAGCCGGUGGUAAAGCUUUACCUUGUAUUGUGGAUGUACGCGAUGAGAAACAGGUGAUUGACGCGGUGGAAAAUGCUGUUGCCAAGUUCGGUGGAAUAGAUGUUGUUGUGAAUAAUGCGAGCGCUAUUUCUUUAACGGGUACUCUUGCAACUGAAAUGAAAAGAUACGAUCUAAUGAAUAAUAUUAAUGCCAGAGGAACUUUUCUCGUAUCGAGAGUUUGUAUACCAUAUCUAAAGAAAAGUACAAAUCCACAUAUAAUUAAUAUAAGUCCGCCGUUAAAUAUGAAACCAAUUUGGUUCCAAAAUCAUGUCGCAUACACAAUGGCUAAAUAUGGAAUGUCUAUGUGCGUUCUUGGAAUGGCAGAAGAAUUUAAGCCUGAUGGCAUUGCAGUUAAUGCUGUUUGGCCUAAAACAGCUAUAUAUACUGCUGCAAUGGACAUGCUAUUAAGCUCAGACUCAAGUAAUGUUUCUCGAAAGCCUGAAAUUAUGGCUGAUGCUGUUUAUGCAUUGCUUUGUAAAGAUAGCAAAUCCGUUACUGGUCAAUUUCUAAUUGACGAAGAAAUAUUAAAGAACGAGGGCAUUACUGAUUUUACAGACUACGCGUGUAAUCCAGCAAAUAAGGACAAUUUAAUGCUGGACUUCUUUCUGGAUGGUGCACAAACUAACGUUCAUAAUGCUGAUAAAAUGAAUAAUGAAGAAACUGGACAGUUGGCACAUUUAUUUAAUGUUAUCAAUGCAAAUUUAAGUAGCGAACUGGUUGACAAAACUGGUGCUAUAUAUCAAUUCAACAUAAAAGGAAAGGAAUCUGGUGUAUGGUUCCUUGAUUUGAAAAAUGGAAAAGGCGCUACUGGCAAGGGAGAACCGAGUCAGCCAGCAGAUGCAACUCUUACGAUGGAUUCAGAAAAUUUUUUUGCUAUGUUUUCAGGCAAACUAAAACCAGUUUCUGCAUUCAUGACAGGUAAAUUAAACAUUAGUGGAAAUAUGCAGAAAGCAAUGAAACUGGAAAAAUUAAUGAUCAGUUUGAAAUCUAAACUAUGAAUAUAAAGAUUAAAAUACCAUAUAUCCUGCAGUAUAUUUUUAAUGUAUUGUAAUAUAUAACA